AUCCGGAAAUUAGAUAAACCCCGCGUCUACUCUAAUUGAAUGAUGUUGAAUUGCGUUGCCGCCGACGCCGCCGCCGGUACGGUGCGAUGAGAUAUCUACGCAGAUCUGCGGAUGAAAGUGCCUCCAAGUUCUGCACCGUACAAGUCAGUUAACGAACAGUAGUUAUCAGCUUGAAUUGCAAUGCACGUUUAGGCUUAAUUCAACGGUUACGUUAUUAUGUCACAUUCGGCUGGAGUGAGUGGUUCGAGCCCGCCAACGUGAAAAUUUGACUACGACCUUGCAGUGACUUUCUAGUGUGUGAAUUCGUGGGGGAUUCGUUCAUUAUUUCGUCCGGUACUUAUUGCUAUUUUUGGCUAACAAUUGGAAAGACGAUUUCAGUCUCUGGACGUAAUCAUUCGGUCAAUAAACAUUUGGACUAUCAAUCUGGAACACUGAAAUAAUCUUAUCGGUGAGCACAUACCAACGAGGAUUGAGCGAGGACAAACUUCAAAAUAUACCCGACCCCAGUCUUGGCUCGCGAUACAAUGAGUAGCUUCGUGGUGAACAAUGUGGCCGGCGAAUCCGGCCGCAAACUGCCCCAGUACAUCGCCGGUCUGGCAGCAUCCGGUGGGGCUCUCGCCGCUGGUACAUUCCUGGGCUGGACUUCACCGGCAGAAAUUCCACUGGUGUCGAAACAGGAAUACGGAUUUCCCAUCACCAGCGAGGAGUUUUCCUGGAUCGGUUCAAUGGCCAACUUGGGUGCGGCGCUGAUGUGCUUCCCCAUCGGCAUUAUGAUGAAGAUGAUCGGACGCAAAUGGGCUAUGUUGACGAUGGUGCUGCCCCUGUUGCUCGGCUGGUUGCUGAUUAUCUUUGCCAACAAUGUUGGCAUGCUGAUGGCCGGUCGGUUCUUCCUUGGUGUCGGCGGUGGUGCGUUCUGUGUUUCGGCGCCAACCUAUACGGCUGAGAUUGCUCAAUCGUCGAUUCGUGGCACACUGGGAACGUUCUUCCAGCUGCUGGUGACAAUUGGUAUUCUGUUCGUAUAUGCCGUUGGUGCAGGGGUCAAGGUCCAGGUGCUCAGCAUCAUAUGCGGUGUCAUUCCACUUGCAUUUGGACUGAUUUUCUUCUUUAUGCCGGAGAGUCCGUACUAUUUUGUCGAAAAAGCCCGUUACGAUGAUGCAGCGAAGUCACUGAAGUGGCUACGUGGCAGCCGCUACGAUGAGCGUGCAGAAAUCGAAGAACUGAAAGAGGAAGACGCCAAGAUGCAAGCGGAGAAAAUUACCUUUGCUCAAGGUUUUCGUCAGAAGACUACAAUUCGAGCGCUAAUCAUUGCUCUUGGUCUGAUGUUCUUCCAGCAAAUGUCCGGUAUUAAUGCUGUCAUUUUCUACACUACGUCCAUCUUCGAUGACGCUAACACUGGCCUAGAAGCUACCGCUGCCACUAUCAUUGUCGGAUCCAUUCAAGUCGCAGCUACUUUGCUGGCAACUUUCAUUGUGGACAAAACUGGUCGCCGCAUCCUGCUGCUGAUCUCCGAUUUCUUCAUGGCAGUCUCCACUAUUCUGCUGGCCGUGUACUUCCAGCUGAAGGAAGACGAUCCCAGUCAGGUGACCGAACUAGGCUGGCUACCAGUGCUAGCGGUCUGUCUUUUUAUUGCCAUGUUUUCGAUCGGAUUCGGACCCAUUCCGUGGUUAAUGGUUGGCGAAUUAUUCGCCAAUAACGUCAAGGCCUACGCCAGUCCUCUAGCUGGUGUGUUCAACUGGCUACUUGCAUUCCUGGUGACAAAGAUUUUCGAUACGCUUCGUACGAGUCUUGGCAUUGCUGGAGUCUUCUGGUUGUUCACUGGAUUCUCUCUACUGGGAACAGUGUUCGUUUUCUUCUUGGUUCCGGAAACUAAAGGUAUCACUCUAUCGGAAAUUCAGCGGCUAUUGGGCGGUGAAAAAGUCAAACGCGCCAGCCAACAGAGUAAUGCGCCUGCCAACGUAGAAGAGUAGAUAAACCGAAGUGCAAUAAUUUUGCCGUUCUUGCGCCAGACUGAGGACCAGAAAAGAUGUGUAAAUAUUGCCAGGAUGAUACAUACAAUUAAAUUUCCACUAGCAACGUUUGAACGAAGGAUUUCAGCGGAAGACCGUUCGCUCGAGCAACCACUAACAAAGCGGCAUAGUCUCUACUCUGUGCUGCGUGUAGCGGCUAUUUAACAGUCCACAAAACGCAUGACCGUUUACGAUGAAAUAAAACAGUACUGAAAUGUAUUUAACCCAUCGCAUUACUAUCGUGUUAUGUAAUAUUAUAUUAUCUAUUACUUAUUUAAGAAGCAAGCUCACUUUUCGUUCUUGAUUUGUGAACGCCGACAUAACCGUAAAAAGUCUUUAGAAAAUGUUAUACAAAUAACGAAA